GGCGGCGCCUGGAAGUGGCGUUGCGCGUGCGCGCUUCCCCCGCGCGGGUCCGAGUGGCGUGUAGCUCCUCGAUCUCCGUGGUCCCGCUUCGGGACGCUAGUGCCCGCCGCCCGGAAUGUUCCCGGAACUCAAUAACCUUCUCAACACCACCCCUGACAGGGCGGAGCAGGGGAAACUGACUCUACUCUGUGAUGCUAAGACAGAUGGCAGCUUCCUUGUGCACCACUUUCUCUCCUUCUACCUCAAAGCUAACUGUAAAGUCUGUUUUGUGGCACUCAUCCAGUCCUUCAGUCACUACAAUAUCGUGGGACAGAAGUUGGGUGUCAGCCUGACUGCAGCACGGGAAUGUGGGCAGCUUGUGUUCCUGGAGGGUCUCAAGUCUUCCGUGGAUGUCUUCUUCCGGGCUCAGGCGGAGCCACACCCCCUGCAGUUCCUCAGGUCAGCCAGCCUGCAGCCCUGCUCAGAAGUGCACACCUGGGAGGCUGAUGCUGGGAACCUGCAGCCCCUGUAUGAGUUUGUACGAGAGGCUCUGAAGCCCGCGGACGAUGGGCAGGCUGCGUGGAGGUGCCCGGUGCUGCUGGUGGAUGACCUCAGUGUGCUGCUGAGCCUGGGCAUGGGGGCGGUGGCUGUGUUGGACUUCAUUCACUACUGCAGAGCUGCUGUGUGCUGGGAACAAAAGGGAAACAUAGUGGCCCUGGUACACGACAGUGGAGACGCUGAGGACGAGGAGAACGACAUCCUUUUGAAUGGCCUUAGUCACCAGAGCCAUCUGAUUCUGAGGGCCGAGGGUCUGGCUACUGGCUUCUGCAGGGACGUGCAUGGGCAGCUGAAGAUCCUCUGGAGGACACCAUCACAGCCUGCAGCCCAUCGGGACCGGAGCCUCACUUACCAGUAUAAGAUACAGGACAAGAGUGUGUCCUUUUUUGCCAAAGGAAUGUCUCCUGCUAUUCUGUGACCUGAUUGAGAAGCAAACGUGGUGACCUUCGAGUGUUUUCAGACAUGAAAGAUAAAGCAUCCAGCAGCAGUGGACCUGUACACCUUUGAUGUGGCAUCUCAGCCUGGACCGGCAGCCCCACUGUGACACGGGGCAGAGGAAGGGUGCUGUGAUGGCAUGCCUUCGCUCCCCUGGGCCCUGUUAGAAAGCACAGAAGGACCUGCAACCUGGCCUCUGUGGAGAGGGACGGGCUGAAACAGGGUGAAAGUGGUCCCAGGAGCCUUUCAUUACAUCCGCUUCAGCCUCAACCGCCCAUUUUUGCUGUCGCCUUUCACAGCCAGAGUGGGUAUGAUUGUACCAGCUAGGAGACAGUUGGCAGGCCUCCGGGGGACACUGUGGAUAAUCAUGGCUGCCGUGAGGAGAGUCCUCAUGUCGUGGCUUCCUCGUAGUGGACUGUCUCAUCCACUGCAUCCUGCAGAGAGGUUUGCCCUUCAGUCCAGUCGGAAAACCAGCUUCAGGAGGCUGGGCAGCAUGCUCAAGGCUGUAGAACAGGCUGCAGGGAAUGGAGCCUGACUCUGGAGUCCUCACUCGCUGACUGAGCCUCACAGAAACCAGGGGCAGGCUCCCCACUCGGGUCACCGGCUCGCUUCCUCCUGGUUUUCUGUGGUGAGAAGGGUAGAGAGUGUUCUUACUGCCAGGCAAGAUGGGGCCUUGGCAACUUGCAGCCUCCCUCAGACGUGAGCUCUUGCCCUAGCGUCCCAGAGAUGCCACACAGGCCAUCAGCCAAGAUCACCCAGGAGUGGACGCCAGGGGCCUUCCCUUAAACUGGGUACAUUUUUGUUGUAUGCAAAUAAAACACUGAUUCUAAAAGUAAAUAACACUGCUCUGCAGGGAUUGAGGAAA